AUGCCUCCUCCAUAUCAUAUAGAAGACUGGCAGGCGGCCGCGGCGGAAGCACGCGAACGACUCUUCAACUCCAUUCCCAAGGAAUGGCUCCUUCCCGAAGCCCUGCGGAAGCGAGCGUCACGACAGGAGCUCUGCCCAAACGACCCGGAAGUCGUCAACUGCGGCAUCCUCACGCCGUUGGAGCGGGAAAUCACAGAGAUCAGGGACGCUGCUACACUGUGGCAGUGCCUGGUGGAUCGGAAGUACAGCGCCGUCCAGGUGACGAAAGCAUUUGGCAAGCGGGCGGCUAUAGCACAACAGUGCACUGCAUGCUUGACGGAAUUUCCAAUCAAAGAGGCGCUGGCGCGUGCGAAAGAGCUAGACCGGCACCUGGAAGAGCAUGACGGGGAGCCCGUGGGUGUGUUGCAUGGUCUGCCUAUCUCGGUCAAAGAUACGUACAGUGUCGAGGGUUAUGCUUCGACAAAUGGCAUUGUAUCCUGGCUGCCGAACGUUGCGACGGAAAACUGCCUAGCUGUGGAUGGUAUCCUGGAGAAUGGCGGUAUCAUCAUUGCGAAGACGAGCACCUCCCAGGCUUGUCUGCUGGUGGAGAGCAUCAACAACAUCUACGGGACAGUAGGCAACCCGAACAAUCCCAAGCUCUCAGCAGGCGGGUCAUCGGGGGGUGAAGCUGCACUCGUCCGGGCUGGUGGCAGCAUUCUCGGCUCCGGUGCAGAUGGUGGAGGAAGCAUCCGCUUCCCUGCCGCAUUCUGCGGUGUUUGGGGACUCAAGGGGUCGAAAGGCCGCUUUCCGGGCAAGGGCAUGGCAUCGGCCUACAAUGGCAAUGAGUCUGUGAAUGCUGGUUUUGGCCCUUUUGCGCGUUCCGUCGCCGGUCUAGAAAUGUGGGUGAAGGCGCAGUUGCUAUCAAAGCCAUGGGAGAGGGACCAUACGUGUACUCCCCUACCGUGGCGUGAAGAGCUCGCGAAGAGGUCAACGGACAGGCUCAACAUCGCAGUCGUCAGGGAUGACGGAGUGAUUUAUCCCUCCCGGCCCGUGUUUGUAUGCUCUACAUCUUCUCCCCCGUUGUCCAAGUUCCAUUGCUCAUUGACAUGUAAUAGCGCGCUCUGA